AUGCCAGCCAGCCCGCCCGCGGCUCCGGGGCCGCGGUCCCCACAGACUCGCGCACACCAUGCGCUCGGAGCCCCCUUGAGCGCUGCGGGAGACGCACGCGUGGCCUCGGGCGCUCAGGAAGGCCCCACCCGCCGAGUGACCUUGGAUCCUCCGCCCUUCUUGGGGCCUCAGUUUACCGCCCUGGUCUCCAGCCGAGGGCCUCCCCGGAGCUCGCUGCCUGUGGAGCCUCAGGCCCCUCGCACACCCAACUCAGCCCCCGACUCCCCGCCCCGCCUAUGCUGGAAGGCUGCCGCUCCGGGACCGCCACCAUGGCUGAGCGCCAAGGGUGGAGCGCGCCUCCGCCUCCACCCGGGCGGAGGAGUAGCAGCUGCAGGACCGAAACCGCCAAGGUCGCCAACCCCAGCGCCCGCUUUCUGGAAUGGAGACUGGGACGACGUUUUGGGGAUCAUCUUCCUUGCGACUAGUUUUGGUUUCAUCAAAUCACAGAGAACUGUGUGCAGGGAGGCCUCUGUGGGAGACGUCGUGUUUUUGGUGGACACCAGCAUCAGCCCCCAAAACACCCGCAGUGUGCGGGGCUUCUUGUCUAUGGUGGUCAAUGGCUUCAACAUCAGCAAAGAGGCAAUCCGCGUGGGGCUGGCCCAAUACAGCCACGAGCCCCAAUCUGAGUUCCUCCUUUCCACCUACCACCGAAAAGGCGAAGUGCUGAGACACAUCCAGAGGUUUCCAUUUAUGCCUGGGGGCCACAAGAUGGGUUUGGCCUUGCAGUUCCUUCUGGAUCACCACUUCCAGGAAACCGCAGGGAGCCGGGCAAGCCAGGGCGUGCCUCAGGUUGCCGUGGUGAUCAGCGCAAGCCCAACAGAGGACCAAGUGCAGGAGCCUGCUGAGGCCUUCAGGAGUGCAGGCAUCCAGCUCUUCGCGGUUGGCGUUGGAGAUGCGGUUCCAGGGGAGCUCAGAGAGAUUGCUAGCAGCCCUUCGGAGAAGUUUGUCUCCUUUGUGUCCAACUUCUCUGGUCUGGGCAGUCUCGCCCCCAAGCUUCGGCAGCAGCUUUGUGAUACUUUGACGAAGGCAGCUCCACCGGUUGACCAUGUCUCUCCAGCUUGCAGAGAAGCAGCCCUGGCAGACAUCGUCUUCCUAGUAGACAGCUCAACCAGCAUUGGACCCCAGAACUUCCAGAAGGUGAAGAACUUCCUUCACUCUGUCAUCUUGGGGCUUGACAUCAGCAGUGACCAGGUCCGAGUGGGACUUGCUCAGUAUAAUGACAACAUCUACCCAGCUUUUCAGCUGAACCAGUACCCUCUAAAGGGUGUGGUCCUAGAGCAGAUCCGGAACCUGCCCUAUCGUACGGGAGGUACAAACACCGGGAGCGCCCUGGAGUUCAUCAGGACCAACUACUUGACGGAGGCAGCCGGCAGUCGGGCCAAGGACGGGGUUCCUCAGAUAGUUAUCCUGGUGACAGAUGGGGAGUCAAAUGAUGAGGUCCAAGAGGCAGCUGACAAGUUGAAAGAAGAUGGGGUUGUUGUGUACGUGGUAGGAGUCAACGUCCAGGAUGUCCAGGAGUUGCAAACAAUAGCCAGUGAGCCACUGGAGAAGUUUCUCUUCAAUACUGAGAACUUCAACAUCUUGCAGGAUUUCUCUGGAAGCAUUCUCCAGACUCUUUGCUCAGCAGUAGAGGGCAAGAUCAAAGAAUCUGCCCAGCGCUAUGCAGAUGUGGUCUUUCUUGCUGACACCUCACAGAACACAUCACAGACCAGUUUCCAGUGGAUGCAGAAUUUCAUCUCCAGAGUGGUUGGCAUGCUGGAUAUUGGCAGGGACAAGUAUCAGAUUGGGCUGGCUCAGUAUGGUGCUCAAGGUCACACUGAAUUUUUGCUCAACACCUACUGGACAGAUGAGAUGAUGGCUCACAUCCGUGAACACUUUGUGCCCCGGGGAGGUUCCAGGAGGACAGGCAAAGCUCUGCGAUACCUCCAUCAGACCUUCUUCCAGGAGGCAGUGGGAAGCCGGUUUCUCCAGGGUGUUCCCCAAUAUGCAGUGGUCAUUACUGCAGGCAAAUCUGAGGAUGAGGUCCGCGAUGCUGCACAGACAUUGAGGGAGAAAGGCGUGAGAGUCAUGUCUGUGGGUGUUCAAGACUUUGACAAGAGAGAACUUGAGGAGAUGGGGACACUACCCCUUGUAUAUGAGAUACAAGGACAGGAAAGCAUUAGACAGGUGAUGCAGGAUGUGAGUGAGGUGAUCCAAGGGACUGGGAAGCUCGAGACCAAAAAUGAAGCUGAGAAGGAGCCUGUAAUGGCAUGCCCGACUGCUAUUCCGGCCGACCUAGUAUUCCUCAUUGAGGAAUUUAGCAGGGCUGGGCAAUCGAAUUUCCAACUAGUCGUCAGUUUCUUGAAGACCACCAUUGGCUCUCUAAGUAUUCAUCCGGAUGUUGUGAGAGUUGGCUUGGUCUUUUACAGUGACGAACCACGGCUGGAGUUUGCACUGGAUGCAUUUCAGAAUCCAGCUCAAAUCUUGGAGCAUCUGGACAAAUUAGCCUAUAGGGAAAGAAGAGGAAAGACCAAGACUGGCACUGCUUUGGGUUUCCUAAGGGAGAAGGUGUUCAUUCGGGAGAAGGGCAGCAGGUCUGAGCAAGGUGUGCAGCAGGUGGCUGUGGUCAUCACGGAAAGCUUCUCCCAGGACAACGUGUCCAGACCAGCUUCCCUGCUCCGAAGGGCAGGAGUGACCAUCUACGCAGUGGGCAUCCAGCAUGACUCGGAGAGCAUGGACCUGGAAAAGAUAGCAUCAUAUCCUCCUUGGAAACAUGUCAUCCCCCUGGAUUAUUUGCAACUGGCCAAUGUGGGAAGCAAGAUUAAGAACCAGCUCUGCCCUGAGAUUGUGGGCACAAGGGCCUUCGUGUCAGGGAUGGGCCGUGCCCUACAAGAAGGCUGUGUGCAUAUUGAGAAAGCAGACAUUUACUUCCUCAUUGAUGGGUCUGGCAGCAUCUUCCACAAUGAUUUUUUGGAAAUGAAGGUGUUCAUGAAUGAAGUGAUAAAGAUGUUCCAUAUCGGGCCUGACAGAGUACAGUUUGGAGUUGUUCAGUACUCAGAUGAAAUCAAUAGUCAAUUUACCCUUAACCAGCAUCCCAGUGUGGAAAGGCUGAAGGUGGCCAUCGAUGGCAUCCAGCAGAAGGGAGGUGGAACCAUGACAGGUCAGGCUUUAGGUAACAUGGUUAAGAUAUUUGCAGACACUGCUCGCAGCAACGUGCCUUGGUAUCUCAUCGUCAUCACUGAUGGCCAAUCUAUGGACCCGGUGGCUGAGGCUGCAGAGGCAUUGAGGGGAGAUGGAGUCACCAUUUACGCUAUUGGAGUCAGAGAUGCUAACACUGUUGAGCUUCGAGAGAUAGCUGAAGACAGAAUGUUUUUUGUGCAUGAUUUUGAUUCCUUGAAGGCCAUCCAACAAGAAGUGGUACAGGACAUCUGCUCCUCAGAGACCUGUAAGAAUAGGAAAGCUGACAUUAUCUUCCUUAUGGAUGGUUCAGAAUCCAUCUCCUCAAAAGACUUUGAAAAGAUGAAGGAUUUCAUGAAGCGAAUGGUGAACCAGUCUAAUAUUGGUGCUGAUGAAAUUCGGAUUGGCCUUCUGCAGUUCAGCUCAAACCCCCAGGAAGAAUUCAGGCUCAACCAAUACUCCUCAAAAGUGGACAUUCACAGAGCCAUCUCAAAUGUUAAGCAAAUCAGUGAUGGCACCUACACUGGGAAAGCCUUGCGCUUCACUCUGCCGUUUUUUGGCAGUUCUAGAGGAGGGAGGCCCAGUGUUCCUCAGUAUUUGAUUGUGAUCACUGACGGGGUCGCCCACGACAAUGUAGCCGUACCAGCCCAGGCUCUCAGGGACAGAAACAUAAUUAUUUUUGCCAUUGGGGUAGGAGAAGCCAAAAACGCUCAGCUUUUGGAGAUCACUAAUGACCAGAGCAAAGUGUACUAUGAAGAAAAAUUUGACUCCCUGCAAAACCUGGAGAAGGAAAUUCUUUACAGGGUCUGCAUUCCGCAAGGAUGCAAUGUAGACUUGUCUGUAGGAAUUGAUCUCUCCACUCCCACGAGGCAAGUUCAGCAGAGGCUUCAAGGGUUACUGCCAGAGCUGAUGCAGGAGCUGGCUAUGCUUUCCAACAUCAGCUGUGGCGUUCCUGGUCAGACUAACGUGAUGCUCCGCUACCUGGUUCCUGGCUUAAAAGGCCAGCUUAUCUUUGACUCGGGUUUUGAAAAGUACAGUGAUGAGGCCAUUCAGAAGUUCUUGAUUCAUCAGGCUGCCAGUAGCAACCAUAUGGAUGCGGAUUUUUUGCAUUCUCUGGGAAAUAAUGCUAUCCGUCUUUCUUCUGCCAGAGUGAAGGUCCUUUUAGUGUUUACAGAUGGACUGGAUGAUGAUUUAGAGCGAAUGAAAGAAACAUCUGAGCUUCUCCGAAAAAAGGGAUUCUCUGGACUCCUAACUAUUGGCCUUGAAGGUGUCCAUAAAUUAGAAGAGCUCCAGGAGCUAGAAUUUGGCAGAGGAUUUGCAUACACUCAACCUCUAAGCAUCACACUGCAAUCCCUCCCCAGCAUCGUACUGAAGCAACUUGACACAAUUGUGGAAAGAACAUGCUGUAAUAUAUAUGCAAAGUGCUUUGGAGAAGAUGGGCACAGAGGUGAUGCUGGGGGCCCAGGGAGGAAGGGAGAGAGGGGUGUGGAUGGGUUACCUGGUCAUCCUGGUGAAGAAGGUGCUCAUGGAGAAAGAGGCCCCCGAGGUCUUCCUGGACUCCGAGGUGAUGAAGGAUGCCGGGGUAUGAGAGGGCCCAAGGGAGCAAGAGGAUUUUCAGGAGAAAAGGGCAGCCCUGGUGAGGAAGGUCCUGAUGGCUUGGAUGGAGAACCGGGUGAUCGUGGAGUCCCAGGGUCAUCUGGAGAAAAAGGAGAUCGAGGAAACAGGGGUUUGACGGGGCCACCCGGACAACGUGGUGAGCGUGGAGAGCCUGGGCUAAGGGGCGAUCCUGGGGAUCCUGGAAUUGAUGGUUUCAUCCAAGGCCCUAAGGGUGAAAAAGGAAGGCGUGGACACCAGGGAAGUUCUAGUAUUGAUGGACCUCAGGGGGAAACCGGCAAUGCUGGCCCUCAGGGUUCAAGAGGAAGACAAGGUCUGCCGGGGCUGAAGGGUGUGCAUGGAGAAUCUGGUGAAUGGGGUUACCAAGGAGAGCAAGGGUUUCCAGGCUCACAGGGACAGAGAGGAAGGCAAGGACCACCAGGAACUUCUGGAGAAAAAGGCUUAGUCGGUGCCCAGGGGAAUCCCGGGCCUCGAGGGCCAAAAGGUUCAAAAGGAAAAGAUGGACCAAGAGGAAUGAAGGGAGAGCUUGGUGAUGCAGGAGAAAGAGGACUGCUGGGUCGACAAGGACCAAGAGGGCAACCUGGUCUUUCUGGUCCAGAUGGAUAUGGACAUCCAGGAAGCAAAGGAACAAAGGGUGACCCUGGAUUUCCUGGCUACCCUGGCGCACAAGGAGAAGAUGGUGACCCAGGCCACCCAGGAGAGAAGGGGGCAAAGGGAACCAGAGGGAAGAGGGGUAAUGCUGGACUUCCUGGAUUUGCUGGAACUCCUGGUGACCCAGGCCCUCCAGGACCAGUGGGCAUCAAGGGCCCCAAAGGUUUGGUAGAUAUGACGCUUUGUGAAAUCAUCAGUCUUGCUCGAGAAAACUGCCCUUGUUCAACAGGUGUUUCCAAAUGCCCACUGUUCCCGACUGAGGUGGUCUUCGCCUUGGAUGUGUCAGAUGAUGUCUCCCAGUUGGAUUUUGAGAGGAUGAGGGACAUUUUACUGUCUCUGUUGAUGAAGAUGGAAAUCAGUGGGAGUAAUUGCCCCACGGGUGCCUGGGUGGCUAUCGUCUCCUAUAGCAGCAAAACAGACUACCUGGUUCGCUUCUCUGACCACAAGGGGAGGACCACCCUCCUGCAGGCGGUCAGGGGACUCACCCUAGCCAGGUCCUCUGGCACAAGGAACCUUGGGGAUGCCAUGAGGUUUGUGGUGAGACAUGUGUUCAAGCGUGUGCGCUCAGGCCAUCUGCUGAGGAAGGUGGCAGUGUUCUUCCAGGUGGGCUGGACCCAGGAUGCAGGUUCCAUCAGCACCGCUGUACUUGAACUCAGUGCCCUGGAUGUCAUCCCUGUUGUCAUCACAUUUACAGAGGGGCAUAACCUCCCGGAUGCCUUGUUGAUGAAUGGAACCAACAGAUUUCGUCUUUACGUCUGGGAGACAGAGGGCCAGCAAGAUGUAGAGCACAUGGCCCGCUGCACACUCUGCUAUGACCAGUGCCUCCCAGCCCCCGAGUGUGGGUGGGACGCAUCGGGGCCGCUGGCUGUGGAUGUGGACGUGGCCUUCGUGGUGGACAGCUCCCAUGGAGUGGACGCCAGCUUCUACCGUGCUGCCUUGACUCUGGUGGAUGCUGUGCUGGAUGACGUGGAGGUGGCUGUGCAGCCGAGUGCAACCCCCCAUGGGGCCCGCGUGGCCCUGGUGACGUACACGACCCUUGGCUUCUGGCCGGGUGCCCAGCAGCCCCCUGUGCGUGAGGGCUUCCACCUGACCUCCUACGGCCACCGGACGCAGAUGCAGAGGCGUGUGCAUGAGGCCGCAGGCCCCCUUGCAGGAGCCCCCGCCCUGGGUCAUGCCCUGGAGUGGACACUGGAGAGGGUGCUCCUGACAGCCCAGCUGCCCGGGAGGGCGCAGGUCCUCCUUGCCAUCGUGGCCAGCAAGACCAGCAGCUGGGACCAGGAGAAGCUAAGGACUCUGUCCUUGGAGGCCAAGUGCAAAGGCAUCAUUUUGUUUGUGCUGGCCUUGGGCCCGGGCUUGGGGACCCGCGAGCUGGAGGAGCUGGCUCGUGUGGCCAGUGCCCCCUCCGAACAGCAUCUCUUGCACCUGGAGGGGAUCUCGGAUCAGGAGAUGGCCUAUGCCCGAGGCUUCACUCGGGCCUUCCUGAAUCUCCUAAAAAGUAGAACAAACCAGUACCCACCCCCAGAGCUCACUGAAGAGUGUGGGGGCCUGAGCCGAGGGGACACUCUGCUAUUGAGGAGGCAGCAGCAACAACUCCUGCCUGAGAGGUUGCCCAGGAGCCGGUUUGGCAGAUCUGCCCUUGCCAGUGAUUUGGAAGCACUUCAAGCAACAGACUCUUUUCUAGAGGAGACUAGAAAAGCCACAAAGACAUCUAUCACUCAGCACUCGAAAGGGGCACUCGAAAAUGAUGAAAAGAGUGGCUACAAUGCUGAAGAAAAUGAGCAGGAAAAGCCUGCACAACCAAAAGAAACUGAAAAGAAAGAAAUUCAGGCACUGCCUAUGAUCCUUGUUCCCUAGAUCCAGUGGAAGGUGAGUGCCAGAACUACGUCCUAAAAUGGUCCUAUAACAAGGAGGAGCAGGCUUGCCGACAGUUCUGGUAUGGCGGCUGUGGGGGCAAUGCCAACCGAUUCGAGACCAAGGAAGAAUGUGAAACCUGGUGUGUCUCAUCUCCCCAGAGAGGCAGGCAGAGCCACAGAACUGCCGCCUCUGUCUUAAUAACUGAUGAAACUGAGAUGCCCUUGCCCGAGACCAUGCCCCACGGCUCAUAAGUGAUGAAGCCCAGGCUACAACCUCAGAGGUCAAACUCCUUACCCUGUGAAGCUUUUCCUUUCAGUGAGGGCUUGGGCCAGAUGACUGCAUUCUAGUCAUUUCAGAAAAGAACUGAAACCUUCCUGAAAGUUUUUCAAUGAUUUCAAACUGAAUGUAAAAGAAACUUCACCUUACCCAAAAUUUUCUUGGCAUUGUAGCAAAAAGAAAAUGUUCUUGGCUUUGUGAGUAAAACCUAAUUUGGAAAUGAGUUGUAACUUAACUUCCUUUUUUUAUAGUUAAGAGAACAUGGAAGCAUAAGUCAAAGUGGGGGUCUGGAAAAGGGCAAAUUUCAUCCUUACUAAUAAAGGCAUUCUUGGUGUGAUGUGAGAUAUCCUCAUUGUGAUCUGUUAUACUUCGUGAUGUAGCAGUUGAUAGAGAGGAAACAGCAGUGAGUUUGACAUACACUGCAGUGACUCCUGUCCUUCAAAACUUGGUGACUCAAAAAUGAAGGCUGACCUUGUCAGUGCGUAUAUGAAACGAAAGGUCUAGGUUCACUGAGGAUGAAAAAUGUUGCCAUGUGGAUAAGUGAGGAUGACUACAGUUUUGCAAGCUCUUCCGCUUGCUCACAGCUUAGUUGCCCAUCUUGAGGACAGGACUAGAGCUGUCCUCAAUUGCACAGAAUUCUAGAGCUACACAGUAUUAAGGGUUCCUGGUGUGGGGCCUCUGGAGCACCAUGUAUUAGUUGGCUCAAGCUGCCAUACAAAAUAGCACAGAGUGAGUGGCUUAAACAACAGAAAUUUAUUUCUCACAAUUUUGGAGGUUGUAAGUUCGAGAUCAGGGUGUUGGCCAUUUGGUUCCUGGUGAGAGCUCUCUUCCUGGCCUAUACGACAACUGCCUUCUCUGCUUCUCAGAGCCUUUCCUCCGAGACAGAGACAGAGAUUGUUUUCUGGUGCCUCUUCUUAUAAAGACACUAAUGCUGUAGGAUCAGGGCCCCACCCUUAUGGCCUCAUUUAACCUUAAUUACCUCCUAAAGGCCAUAUCUCCAAGUACAAAUACAGUCACAAUGGAGGAUAGGGCUUCAAUAUAUGAAUUUGUGGGGGACACAAAUAUCCAGUCCAUAACAGGUCACCAGCAGCUGGUGGUUGCCCUCAGAGACCCAGAGUGAGCUUACUUUUUGACAAGUUCUUGGUUCAGUAAUGAAUCUGUGACUUCUAGAAUCUCUUUUUUCCUCUUUGUAGCCCACUGCAGAUGGAGAGGGAACAAGCCUGCUCCUAGAAACAUUAAAAUUUUACUAUAUUGUUACAAGAAUUAUUUUUAUCUGGUCACAAAAUGAUAACUGUCUUUAUGGUAACAAAAUAAAAAAACACUGAAAUGCACAUGGAAGAAAUAAUGAUCAACUGUGAUCUUUUCUCCCAAAAGUAAUCAUUUUGGUGUAACCAUUUUGGUAUUACCCUGUUUUUUUUUUCCUAAUACCUUGAAUACUAUCUUUUUUUGUGUGUGUCUGCCUUAACAUACUACAUCAUAACCAAUUUUGGCUAAAGCAUGAUGGGAAAGAAACAGUAGGUGUUCCCUCUUUU